GCGUGCAGCGAGCGAUUGCCCCUAAAAAAAGCAAUUGAAAUGAAAAAUGGCAUCGUCGUCGUCGUCCACACCCCACCGGAUUGAAUCGAAAUGAAAUGAAAGGAUGUGAAUUUUGAAUAAUAAUAAUAAUAAGAAAUCUGGAAAAAUGAAGAGAGUGUUGAGCAGGGUACGGAAUCUGGAUGUGUAUCCGAAAGUGAAUGAGGAUUUCUACAGCCGUACGCUUUCUGGUGGUCUUAUUACCCUUGCUUCCUCUAUUGCUAUCUUCUUCCUUCUUGUCUCCGAGCUAGGACUAUAUCUCCAAACAGUUACAGAAACAAAGCUUGUAGUUGAUACUUCAAGAGGGGAAAAACUCAAAAUAAAUUUUGAUAUCACAUUCCCUGCUGUUUCAUGUGUCCUACUCAGUCUUGACGCCAUUGAUAUCAGCGGGGAGCAACAUCUCGAUAUUAAACACGCAGUAAUAAAGGAAAGAAUUGAUAAUAAAGGCAAUCUGAUUCAAGUGACAACGCAUCAUCAUAUUGGUAAUCCUAAGAUGGGAAAGCCGAUGCAGAAACAUGGCGGUGAGAUUCAACACAAUGAAACAUAUUGUGGCUCAUGCUAUGGUGCCGAGCUCUCAUCGGAUGAAUGUUGUAAUUCAUGUGAUGAGGUUCGUGAAGCGUAUCGAAGGAGAGGCUGGGGAGUGAUGAAUCCUGAUUUGUUUGACCAGUGCAAAAGAGAAGGUUUUGUUCAGAGGAUUAAAGAUGAAGAAGGUGAAGGAUGUACAAUGUAUGGAUCUUUAGAGGUCAACAAAAUGGCUGGAAAUUUUCAUUUUGUCAAAAGCUUUCAUCUCGAAAAUUUGCAUGCGCCCCAUGAUGUUAAAUAUUAUAAAGAGGAUGGUUAUAAUAUAAGUCACAGGAUUAAUAAACUGUCGUUUGGGGACGCUUAUCCUGGUAUUAUCAAUCCACUUGAUGGGGUGCACUGGUUUCAAGAGACUCCAAAUGGAAUGUAUCAGUAUUUCAUCAAGGUGGUGCCAACUGUGUAUACUCCUCUUAGAGGGCCAGUUAUUCGGUCAAAUCAGUUCUCUGUGACAGAACAUUAUAAGGGUCCAGAAAUCAGUCAACGGACACCUCCUGGAGUCUUCUUUUACUAUGAUCAUUCUGCAAUUAAGGUGAAUUUCACAGAAACACAUCCCUCCUUCUUACACUUCUUGACCAAUAUUUGUGCAAUAGUUGGAGGCAUCUUUACCGUUGCAGGGAUUGUAGACUCUUUCAUAUACCAUGGUCAUAAGGCCUUGAAGAAAAAAAUGGAAAUUGGAAAAUUACGCUAAAGUUACAAUGUUAUUUUUACUGCAAACCUUUGCCACAUAAUCCAGGGUCUAUUUCCUGGAAUAUUUUCAUUGUAAUUAUCUCUUCUGAUAGUAGGGGUUUCUUUUUUUUUUUUUUUUUUUUUUUUUUUUUUUUUUUAUGUAUAGUUUAGUGAUAUAGUUGAAUUUACUAACAUUUUUAUUUAUUGGUAAAACAUUAUACAAAAUUGUAGUUCUCAAUAUACAAGAGAAAUAUUGCAUUAUGUGC